CCCGCAUUCUGCAGAAUAAACACAGCGAGUCGAACCGAGGUAACGGGGAUGAAAGGAUUUCUUCGACUGUGUCGGGAAAGGAUUAUGCCAGAUAACACGACGCACCAAAGCAUCGAACGAUCAAGCAGAUCUUCGGACAUUCAUUUACAGAUGCCACGCCGCGGUGCAACCAUAUCGGCUGGAUUGAUCCAUCUGCUCGUUCUAGCUGCCCUGUUCGCCCUUGGCACGGCCGCGAUCUGUCCAAACGGGUGCAUCUGCGACGACGACAACCUCGUGGUGUCCUGCAUAGGCGCCAAUCUGGACGUCAUACCGAUCGCCCUGAACCCGAGUAUCCAGCGGAUAGUGUUGAAGGAGAAUCGGAUAAAGAUAGUGGACGCGGCAGCGUUUCAGUUCUACGGGGAUCUGAAGAACGUCGAUCUAUCGAGCAAUCACCUAUUCACCAUUCCCAACGGGAGUUUCGACGCGCAAAAGCAACUGGUGGAGCUUCAUCUCAGACACAACAAGAUCUCGGCAUUGACCGAGAAGACGUUUCAAGGUCUAAAGUCUUUGACGGUGCUCAAUCUGCGGGACAACUACUUGGAGAGCCUAAAGAACGGUCUGUUUGCCUCGUUGUCGAAAUUGGAGGAACUAGAUCUUGGGAAGAAUCGUAUAUCGAAAGUGGAGCCGGGCGCUUUUCAAAAACUGGGAACGCUCCGAGUCUUGCAUCUCGAUGAUAAUCAAUUGAGAACCAUACCGUCGCCGGCACUGGCGCCGUUGAACGCCUUGGCCGAGUUGCAUAUAGGUUGGAACGCGUUCUCCUCGCUUCCGGACGACGCGUUCAAAGGUCUGGAGCAGUUAACCGUGCUGGACAUCACCGGCGCUGGUUUAGACGACAUCAGCGACGGCGCUUUCCGCGGUUUGAACGCUCUACGUACGUUGGAACUGGACGGGAACAAGUUGCGAGAAGUGCCGACGAAACAGUUGGCCGUUCUGCCUCGCCUCGAGGAACUCACCUUGGGUCAGAACUUCUUCACCACUUUGAGAUCGGGGGCGUUUCAAGGCCUGUCCAAGUUGAAAAAGUUAGAUAUAUCCGCGGCGAAAUUGUUAACUACCGUCGAGCGUGGAGCAUUCUCGGACAACGCCAAUUUAGAAACGCUGGUGUUGAACAGUAAUAAACGGCUGACUACGAUGGAGGACGGUUCCCUGGCCGGUUUGCCUAACUUGAGGCACUUAAUGCUGCGUGACAACGCGUUCACCGGAUUCUCCGAGUCUCUGGUGGCCUGGAACGAGCUACGUCGGCUGGACUUGAGCGAGAAUCCCUUGGUCUGCGAUUGCAGUCUGCUCUGGCUAGCCGAGGUUCUUGUCCCGAGGAACUCCAGUCCGGUGUUGUGCGCGGAGCCGCAGGAAUCGAAAGGAAAACCUAUCAAAGGUAUGACACCUGACGAGCUAGGCUGCGCCUUUUCCGAUCCCCGGAAGCAAGCGCUGCUAGCGACUCUCUGCGCUGCCGGUCUUGCAUUGCUCACGGGACUGGCUGUGAUCCUCUACUACAGAUGUCGUAGACACGUGAGGGAUGCCCUCAAGGACUACAAAUGGAAGAAUCGCGCGAUCUCUCGCAAGGAGCACGAGUAUCAAAAGACCUUCUCCGACGACGAGUACAUCGUCAGAUCCGCCCACCCCCACCAUCACCAUCAUCAUCAACCUCAGUCGCAGCAGAUCCCCUCUCACCAUCAUCAUCAUCAUCUUCAACAGCAGCAACUGCAGCAGCAGCAGCAGCAGCAGCAGCAGCAACAACACUCGCAGAUAGCGGCGGGCAUUAAGCCUAUACCUGUGACGGAACUGUAG